AUGUGUGUGCUACAAUUAUGCCUCGUUAAGAAAAGUUUUGGUGAUUUUUUAGUUUCUGAAAAACUGGUUUUCCAGAAAAUCGAGUCUCCAAAAGCCAUAACGGAAAAUACUUUAUGUCAUCGUAAUGAGCUCGUCGAGCUCUACAAAUUAGGAUAUUUCGCAUUGGAAAGGGAAACUCAAAACAAUUUUAUUAACGUUAAUUAUAAUAAUGGUUCGACGUCAAAUUCAUCUGGAAUACGUGCAAAAUCAAUUCAUGAUAUAACAACAACAGGAAUAACAAAUUCGAUUAAAAAAUUAAAUGAUUAUGGUAGUAGUAGUAAAAAUAUUGCCGUUGAUAACAAUGGUAACCUGUAUGAUAAUAAACGAUCAUACAAAUCAUCCCCACCUAUUAAAGUACCAUUAUCAACAGCUACGAAUACAGCGUCAUUAGCUGAAUCACAAUUUUUUGCUCGAAGUUCAACAGCGCCAGAAUAUAAGAAUCAUCAUCAAAAUUUUAUAAAUAAAGCUAAACUAGAGGAUGUAUCUGUGUUUUAUGAUGCAUACGAUGAUUUAUCCAAAGCAAAAGAGCAUAUACGAGAUGUUCUUCGAGUGAAUGAAGAAGAACAUUCUUCAUCAUAUUACACGUCUGAUAUACCAAUAACUGGUGAUCACUCAAAAUUCUAUUCGAAUCUAUUACAAAAGAAAACCGAAGUUCAUCCCUAUGCACACGAAGAUUAUGUUCCUACACCGCUACAAAAAAACACUAUUUUGUCCUAUUCCUAUAAGCCAUUAUAUGAACAAAAGACAUUAGUAAAUGAUUUAAUAAUCAUCGAACCAACCGAAGUGAAACAAAGUCAAGAUUUUACUAAUUCUUUACAAAAAGACAAAUUUAUCGAUUUAUUGAAACAUUCUGUACAUGAGCAGUCAUCAUACGACGAAACAAAAAAUCGUAUUAAAUUAAACGUAUCAAGUGAAACUAAAUCACCUGUAUUUAAUAUAUUCGAACGUUUGAAACCAUUGGAUAUAAUAAAAUCCGAUCCAAAAUAUGAAAAUAAUGAUCGAAAUUAUUCUCCAUCUUAUAUGACUCAACAAAAUCAACAACUACAACAGAGCGAAAGACAAUCUACGUCUGAUUUUGAUACAGCUGAUGAAUAUAAUAGUGUGGGUCCAUUUCCAUCCAUGAUUAUCGAACGAUCCACUGUAGUUCCGGAAUCUCAAUCUCUUAUAGUACCAACAAUUGUUUCUAAUCAAAAUAGUAUGAAUAAUAGUUUUCUUGAUAUAUCCAUGGACGAAGAAAGAUUACGUCGUUCACGAUCUCCAUCUCGUGAAACAUCUGACGUUUCUUAUAAUAAUGAUCUUUCAACUUCUCUAUCACGACCACUGAAAUCCUCGGUCGAAGAAAUGCUUCGUCAAGAACUAGAUAACGAUUCAUCGUCAUCUACAACAACAGUUUCACGUUCCAAUCAAAUACAUUUACCAGUUGAAAAACAACGUGCCGUAUCAGAAAUACUAAGAAAACGAAAUAGUAUGCAAAAAGUAGCGGAUUAUAAACGAUCAUUUCAAAAGACAAACACUUUCGAUGAGGAUGAUAAUAAUAAAAAUAAUAUCUUUAUGCAACAGCAACAAAAACAGCGAACAUUACCAAUAUCGAAGAGUGAUCAUGCACUAUCAUCUAUGGGUAUAACGAAUAAUAGUAAGAAUUAUGAUGAUAAUUCAACAGUUAUGAAACAGAUGCAUUUAAACAAAGCAUUCUCAGUCGAUGCUCAAUUAGAAACAUUAGAAAAAAAUGAAAAUGAUGAUCAACGAGCGAAACUUUCAAUUGAACGUUUAAAUAAACUAUUAUCAACAUCAAAUGAUGAAUUAAAUGGCAAUAGUAAUGAGCAUCUACGAUUAAUACAAAAUGUACAUCAAGAAGAUGAUGUAAAAGAAAAAAUGUCAGUAGCAGCUAAAAAAAAUUUAUUUGAAACAUUUUCAAAAGACUCAUGUUUUGGUUUAACACGUUCAAAAUCGUUUAAACAACAAGAUGAAAGAACAGCAAAUAAUCAACCAUCGGUUCAAAAUACAACAACAAUAACAAAAAGAUAUAAUCCAUUGAAACGAUCGAAAACGGAAGAUGUUGUUUUAUACGAAGAAAAUUAUGAAUAUUUAGUUGAUUCAUCCUCAUCUUCAUCAGAACAAAAGUCACAUCCAGAACAAAACGUUAAUGAUAAACAAUAUAAUGAUGAUACAUCGAAAUUAUCAUUUAAAGAUAAAAUGACAUUAUUUAAUCAAAAUAAAUCUCUUAGAAACACAUUAUCAACUUCGCUAAAAAAUAGUCGCAGUCGUUUAACACAACCUGUAACAGCGGAAGAAGUACAAGCAGCAGCUACGUGGUCAAACAUAACGAAUAAUGACCAUGAUUCGGCUGACUCAGUAUCAUCAAAAAACCUGACAAUAUUGCCGAUCGUUCAAACACAGUCACCACAAAUAACAUUCAAAACCGUCACAUCAACCAAUAAAAUAAGAAGUGAACCAUUGAAAUCAAAAGUGCACUCAACUAAUAAAUCUUUUUCUUCUCCAUCGCCAUCACCACCACCACCACCACUACUGUUCUUAUCAACAACAAAAUCAAUUUUAAAAUCAUCUUUGUUGUUGAAUAAAAAUUUUAAUGGACACGCUACUUCUGUUGAUAUCAAUAAUAAGAGACAAACGAAUUGUUCUCAAUCAAAAAAAAAGUCUGAAAACUCAAGUGAAAAAUCAAGAUUACAUCUUCAUUCACGUGUAUCCACUCAUAUCGAUUCAUCGUCAUCCAUAAGAGCAAUAUUAUCACCAGUAUUCAAAGAUGAAUCAUCAAUGAUUAGUCCAGAAGAAAAUGAGAACAUUAUACCAUUGAAGCAAAGACUUCAACAAUUAAAAACAUUCACAGAAAAUGAAUGGAAAAAACGUGUACAAUCAAAUGAUGCCAAUGAAUUUACUAUCGAGGGUAAACUUCGACAAACGGGUAAAAUGCCGACAAUGCCGACGACGUCAGAUACUGAAACAUUACCAAAACCGAAAAGAACCACGAUUAAAUAUAAUGCAAACAAGAAUGCUCAACGAGCAAAAACAAUUGAUGUAGUGCGAUUAAAAGCUGUAUCUGUGCUGAGACCAGAUGAUCAAUUAGAUGAAUUUUUCAACGAUACAAAAUAUCAUAAUGAUGAUCAAUCUGUACAACUAGAUAUGUGUGAUCUAGAAAGAAUAGCUGCUGAUAGUGUUAGAUUACAACCACAACCUGUUCGAGUUAAACCACAACGUCGUCAACAAGGUACAAAAAAUCCAUUGAGACAAAUUCAAGCUGUUAUUCCGAUUGUUGACGAAUAUACUGAAAUUCGUACAAAUUUAUCUGAACAAGAGUUUAGACGUUUAAAAAAAGCUCAAAUAGCAGAAAAUUCUAGUCUAGCUCAAGAAGCUUUGGCAGCAUUAGCAGCCAAAGAAAAUCUUUCUGAAGUCAAUUUAAGAAAAAUAGAUCCAAAUACUCAAGCAACAUUUGGAUUAGAACCAUACAAAGAUCUUAUGCUUAUACUUGUUAAAGGUCGUCGACAUUGUCCAUUACGACUUAUGAAACCGUCAUCCAAAUCAAUCAAUGAUGGUGACAGUUAUAUAUUAAUUACCCCUUUAAAAGUAUUCGCAUGGAUUGGACGUUUUUCAAAUACAAUUGAAAAGGCAAAAACAAUGGAAUUAAUCGAAUAUUUGAAACAACAUCGUGAUAUGGGCAUAAGAAAUGAAGUCAAAUUUUAUUUAAUUGAUCAGUCAAAUAAUGAAAAUAUUAAUAAUGAAGCAUAUAGAGAAUUUAAUGAAAUUUUAAAAGGAAAUGAUUCUAAUGAAAUUAGUAGUAUUACCGACGAUGAUUAUUAUGAAACAAAUAUUAUAGAUUCAAAUCGUAUUUAUAAAGUCGAAAAUGAUACAUUGAUACCAUUAGAUGAUAUUUGCUUCAAAUCAUUAUCCGUUAAAUAUAUGAAUCCGACUGAAGUUUUUGUAUUUGAUUUUGGCCCAGAAUUAUAUAUAUGGAACGGGAAAUAUGCAGAUAAAAUGAAACGACAAGUGGGUGUACAGCUUGCACAACAAUUAUGGAAUGAUCCGUACGAUUUUUCCGAGUGUUCUAUAAAUCCAUUUAAUCCGUUCUUUGGAUAUGAAAAUUUUGAUUCAUGUGGUAAUAAACGUCCAGAAUGGUCCAUAUUUGGUAAACAAAAUCAAAAUGUUGAAACAUUACUAUUCAAAGGAAAAUUUCACGAUUGGCCGAAUGAUUUAACUGAUCUAAAGUCUUACAAUGAUGCUGCUCCUAGUGUUAGUCGAAUACCAUCAACAAGACGACCUCAAUCUAUUGUUGAAACGUUAAAACCGGCUGAUGUACAUAAAAUGUUAGAGCACGAAGAUAUUCCUGUCAAUUUUAUUUUAGAACAAGCCAGUCUUGGAAGGGGAAAAAAAUGGUAUGAUUCUGUUGAAUUACGUGGACAUGAUGUCACAACAUUGUCAAUUAAUGUAUGGCAUGUUGCCGAUAAUGAUAGAAACGAAUUAGACAUCUAUAGUUAUGGGCAAUUUCAUUCAGAAGAUGUUUAUAUUAUAAGAUGGAAAUACAAAUUAGUAGCAUCGGGAUUUCAUUCUUUAGCCACUGGGAAAGCAUCCGUAAGGAAAGCGGAUACGGGUCGAGAUCGUACUGCUUACUUUAUUUGGCAAGGCAGCAAAUCAUCACCAAAUGAAAAAGGAUUAUCAGCAUUAAUGACAGUAUUUUUAGAUGAAGAAAAAGGACCUCAUGUGCAUAUUGUUCAAGAGAAAGAGGAACCAGUGUUUCUCCAACUCUUUGAUGGUACAAUGACAAUACAUGAAGGCAAAAGAAAUAAUAGACGAAAUAAUAGUCAAGAAUGGCGCAUGUAUGUGCUACGUGGAGAAAUUGAGACGGAAACACACUGGUGGCAACUAUCAUUGGACAGUUCCAAUCUAAGAAGUCGUACAUCCUUUUUGUUAACAUCUAGUACAGUAAUGAUACUGUGGCAUGGUUGUCAAAUAACAGAUCAAUUAAAAUCAGUAGCGUUAAAUUCAGCAAUAAAAAUACGUGAAAAAGGUCCUGUCGAAUUUAAUUUUAUUCCAAACAAAGAUAUUGAAUUUUCUGAAAUGCAAGAAGGAGAUGAAACGGAUUUGUUCUGGGAAGCCAUUCACGAACGACCAAAUAAACGAAAAUAUCAUUCAUUGUUAAAUUCCAAAAUACAGCAACAUUCAACAAUGAGAAUGUUUCAUUUAUCAAGUCUUCAUGGACCAUUCGUGGCUGUAGAAGUUUUGUAUCCAUUACGAUCUGAUUUAGUUGCACCGUUUCCUUUUUCUCAAACUGAUCUGUAUGAUCAGCAUCAGCCUGCAUUGUGUUUGAUCGAUACGGAAAGUGAACUUUACAUAUGGCAGGGAUAUCGCGAUAUGCCCACAGACGAGUUCGAAAUACAAUUGAUUAAUGCCGGCUUACAAGCUGGCGGAACUGCCGAUAUGCGUUUUACAGCAGAAAGACGUUGUGCUUAUAAAACAGCAGUCAACUAUUGGGAAGCAAGAACCGGUGAACUACCAGACAGUCAUUGUUAUAUUGUAUAUGCGGGUUUAGAGCCUAUCGAAUUUACGAAUUUAUUUCCAAAAUGGACGAUUAAUCUGCAAGCAAAACAAUAUAGUAUACUUGAUGGUAGACGUGAAAAUCAAAAGGAUUCAAUUAUCACUGCACUGUCCUCUUUAUGUCGUGAACAGUAUACGGUUGAUGAACUCAAAACUCGACCAUUACCAGAAGGUGUUGAUGCCUCAAAAAUUGAGUGGUAUCUAUCAGAUCAUGAUUUUGAGAAAGAAUUUCGGAUGACAAAAUAUGAUUUCUAUUCGGUAAGUAUUGUUAAUGCAUAG